UUACUCCCUCCCCUCAUGUGUGUGUCAGACCUGUGGGAGAGAAUAAAGGGUCAGAUAGAGACUUGUUGGGACAAACACUCCUCUCAGACCUCAACAGUCAUCACCUCAGCACAGAGAAGGAAACAACAGACGGUGAAGAUGUGUUGCUCCGGGUUUCUCAAGAUUAUGAUGUUCAUCUUCAAUGGAGCCAUCUUUUUGGCGGGUGUGGCCAUCCUGGCGGUGGGGGUGUGGGUGAAGGUGGACAGUGGCUCUCUACUGGGCGUGUUAGACAACAUUGAGGAUGCCCCAGCAGAACUGGGCCAGCUGGCUAACGUGGCCUACCUGCUCAUUGGGGUUGGAGUUGUCCUGCUGAUCAUGGGCUUCCUAGGGUGCUGUGGAGCCAUGAAGGAGUCCAGGUGUAUGCUGAUGCUGUUCUUUAUCAUCAUCCUGAUCAUAUUCAUUGCAGAGGUGGCUGGGUGCAUUCUGGUCCUAGUCUUCCAACCACUGGCUAAGGAAAUUCUUGAGGACCUUAGUGAGAAGGUUGUUGCCAGCAUUAAAAACGACUAUGGGAAUGAUGGGAGCCUGACUUCACUAUGGAAUGGCACCAUGGAACAGUUCAAGUGCUGUGGAUUCCGCAAUUACACAGACUUCGAUGGAUCUCCCUUUCAAGGGAACCCAAUUAUCUCUGUUUACCCACUCACAUGUUGCAAGAACACUGCCACUUGCAUGGAACCAGCUGCGGAGUCUUCGGAAGUCAUUGGCUGCUUUAAUAUGUUGCUGAACCUGAUCGAGGACAACGCUGUCAUCAUUGGAGCUGUGGGACUGGGCAUCGCUGCUCUUGAGAUUGCUGCCAUGGUGGUGUCAAUGGUUCUCUACCAACAGAUUGGUAACAAAUAGCACUGACAUCCAUGACUAUCAAUCAGCUCCAUGGUAUAUCAACAAUAUCUGUGCACAUAUACUGUAUAGAGCCUACUGUACGCAUUCAGUUCAUAUUUUAUGAUGUUUAAAUUAGAUUCCUUUAUCUCUGUAUCCUUAUUUGUUUCUUGCACAAGCUGAAAACUUUACAUGAAUGUAUGACGUUUUGUGUUGAGAAAAGUGAUUGCUGUAACUGGCAAGACAUUUGAUUUGUUUUUUGUUGUUAUUACUUCAGCUGUCUUGAAUGGAAUGAGUGUCUCUUUUUGUACAUAUAAAUAUUGAAGUUUAGAAAUUA